GUAAUCUCCAAUAUUUACCCCCCAAAUACCCAAUACUAUCAAUUUUUCCUGAGUUUCACGAUGACGUGAGCAGAAUACCUCCAAUCCUGAAAAAAACAUGCUGAAAAUGAAAUCCAACAACCAAAAAAGCGAGUCCGUUACGAGCUACCAGUCAUGAUUAAUCAAGUGCAGUGGUUACAACAAUGUGAGUGUUAACCUCAAAAGAAGGACUCGAUCAAAAUUUUAACGAUCAAAAUGAACAAAUCUCGAAGUGCCCUGGACAAGAAAUUGUACAACCUGCCAAAUUGGUUAUGGUCUGGCACCAACGGACUUCCCCAGUUCUACAAAAUGAUCUGGGAAGCAGUAAGAGAAGACAGACCGACACUGGGUGUGAGUCAGGGUGAGCUUUUGGUUGACACAAAUCGUGUUUUUCCCCUCCUCCUGACAAGCCAAUUGCCAACUGAAGUUUUGGGUUACAUAUGGAGCUUGGCAAAUCAAAAAUACUCUGGUCAGCUGACUGAGCUGGAGCUCUACAUAGUUUUGGCACUGAUAGCAGUUGCCCAAACGUCCUAUCCCUUCACGAAUCUGGAUGUUCUCCACAUGUUGCCUGGACCCCCAACUCCAAGACUAAACCUGAGCUUUUUGUACCCCAAUCAGCCUCAGAUGCAAUCAGGAUCACAGGGUCAUGCCCAAACCCCCACAUCCCCGAGGUCGACAUCGCAGGGCAAAUCAAACCCUCAAGCUGGAUCGAAAACGUAUCAAGUGUCAAGUCUCCAAUCACCUCAGACCUCGAUUACUUCAAACCCACAGACAUCGUUUUCUUCGAGAACUGGGAACUCCCAAAUUCCGGGCUCCCAUUCAGGAUCAAAAUCUUAUCAGAUUGCAAUCUCACAGAGUCAAUCAAUACCAGUCCAAUCCCAUCAGGUUCCAGCUGCUGGAUCAAGUCUACAAGCAGGAGCCAGACCACAGAAUUUGCAGAUCCAUAAUUCACACAGGACUUAUGACUCAAACCUGCAGGUCCAGUCAUUGCCAGGGCCUGUCCAAUCGACCCAGACAUCAAUCAUAUCAUCUACAUCUUUUCCAAAAGCUCAGGGUAAUGGAUCUCAAAAUUCACAGGGUCAAUCUCCAAUUCAGAUAUACGAGACAAUCGUUCCCUCGUCGAUAAUCAAUAGUUCGUUUAUUUCAGAGAGUAAACUUUCUGUUUCACACAAGAGUUCAUCGGACACUUCAUCAGACCUCAGUGAUGAUUUCACUGAUUUUCAGAGCGCUCCAUUACCACAGCCAUCUCUCCCCAAUCUGGAUCCAAAGCAGGGAUCAGCUAUUGGUUCUAGAUUGGCCAAUCAUAAUUUGAGUGGUGGUUCGAUUAAAAAACUUGGUGAGAAGAGUAAAAAAUCAGCGCUCAAGCCCAAAGCUAAUUGCUCGGGCAAGGAGAUAUCGUCUGAUGCUUUUGGGGGUAUUUUUCCAAAAUGCAUGGUGAAGAAUCAGACGAAAACUGUUGUCCUCAAGGACACGGUGAUUAGGAAUAGCGAGCCACCGAAAACUAUUGGGACUAAACGAGAAUCGUCAGCUGAUCAGAAACAAUCGAAGGAGCUCUCAGGAUUGGAUCUCAUGAAUCUUCACUCUGUGGAGGAUAAAUAUAGCGCCUUGAGAAUUCUUGUGGAGACUCCACCACCCACUCCUGUGGAGAAGAUUCAGGAAGUCCCAGAGUCAGGGAGUCCGGAGAGUUUAGAGCAUGAGGAAGAACAGUUUGAUGAUUUUGGGGACUUCGUUUCCGCUGAACAGACGGAUUUGACUAGUGGCUUCAGUCAAUCUGUUCUCGACGCUUCAAUGGACCUUUUCUCGGAUUUCGAACAAUUUCUUCCCAAUUCUUCUGGGGAUAAGGAAGAAAUUUCGUUUGCACAGGAAACUAUUGAGGCUCUGGCACAGUUGGAAAUCACUGCCAGUCCGGAGAAGACGAUUGAUUUUCUGGAGGAGAAGUAUGAGACUAUCAUGGAUCCUGAAAAAGUCAUCCAAAAAGAGGACACGAUAUCAAUAAAUAGUAUAGAAUUAGCAAAUGGGCCAGGAGUUUUAACACGUUCUGGAUCUGUUCCUAGUCUAGAUCUCAAAUCAUUUUUGCCUUCUAAUGGUGACGAAGAAAAGGAAACGGAGAGCAUGCAUCAGUUGAUUUAUUGGGAGUGGAAACAAUACAUGGAGAGUUGUAUUCUUCUCUUACAAGUGGCGGUGAAUAUUUUCACCAGUAUAAAUUCAGAAGCAGUUCUCCAGGAAGUUUUGAAUUCCGCCCAAGGGUAUAAUUUCCUAUGCAAUUUAGCAGAGGUUGCAGCUGUAUGCAGACGCGUGAAUUUCUCACACAAGGAGAUGGAUAUCAAUAUCAUGGGUUUCGACGAUUUAUUGUUGGAUAUCGAUAGAAUUUGGGCGGAAAUGGAACCUUUCUAUGUCAACAUUCCAAUCGUCACGGAAUUACCUGUAUGGCCUCUGCACCCAGGGGAACCCAACACAUGUGCUCUUUGUCUCACAGUAGUAACAAGUGGUAGAAUAAUAUACAAUGAAAAUACGUAUCACGCUACGUGUGCGAAUCUCUGGUUAAACUGCGUGAACAGCAAUUUACCAGCUCUCAAAUAUCCUCUUCAAAAUCACGCUGUUUCUGCCGGAGGCAAUUAGAUCUGAUUUUUAUUUAGUUUUACUCCACUGUAUUUUUUUUUCCUAAUUUUUUCUGUUUUUGUUUUUUUUUAUAUGUA